GUAUAUAUUUAAACGAAGCUCGGAAAGACGCGACUCACAAUCUCGCCAACAUGAAAACCGUGCUAGUUAGUAUUUUAGUUUUUUUAAGUGUUAGUAGUGCUUCGAAAUUGCCUCAAAGUUUCAAAAAAUGUGAUAAACAAAAACCCGAUUUCGAGCAGUGUUUGGGUUCUGCGAUUCGAGACGCUAUUAAACAGUUGGAUAAACCCGUACCCGAAUAUGGGUUGCCGAAUUUGGAACCACUUGCGUUACCACAGGGUAUAACCAUAGGUAACGCUACCACAGGAGUUCGACAGAAAUAUAGCAACGUCGGAAUUUAUGGUCACACCGAAAUUACAAAUGUUAAAGCAAGGAUGGACUUUGACAAGGAUAUUUUAAAUUUGGAAUGCUCUUUUCCCGAAAUUCGCCAUGAAGCCGACUAUGAGGCCUUAGGUGCCGUGUUGUUGCUGCCGAUUGACUCGAAAGGCAAAGUCGUUGUCACUUAUAAAAAGCCAAUAUUUACGUUGACUUUCAACCUUGAGAAGCACCAGAAAGAAAAUCGACAGUUUUACAAAAUAAUCAAGACUGAUUUUGACGUUAAACUUGACAAAGUGGUGUUCCAGUAUACUAAUUUGUUUGAAAAUAGCGUCUUGACUGAUAAUUUCAACGCCCAGAUGAAUGUUAAGUGGGACAGUAUUUUUAGCCACCUUAAGGUGAAAUAUUUGGGGUUAUACUCAAAGUUAUAUGGGACACCGUUUGGAAAUUUGUUAGAAAAAGUGGCGAUUUCUGAUAUUUUCGACGGUAUAUAAGUUAUUGUGAUUUCUAAUUUUCAGAUUAUUUCUGUCUACUAAUUAUACAAUAAACAUGUUUUGAGAA